AUGUGGGUGAUUGGGGAUCACCUAACUAAGAUAGCACACUUUUUACCUUUGAAACCUGGUUUGGGUCUUGAGAAGCUAGAGGAAUUGUUCCUUGGAGAGAUUAUUCGACUGCAUGGCAUUCCUGUGUCAAUCACAUCUGAUCGUGAUUCGACAUUCAUUUCAUGGUUCUGGAGGAGUCUACAGUCACCUUUGGGCAUCAUAUUGACUUUCAGUACAGCUUUUUAUCCACAGACAAAUGGUCAGUCUGAGAGGACCAUUCAGAUUCUGGAGGACAUGCAACUAUUCAUAUGGCACCAUACGAGGCUCUUUACAGGAGGAAGUGUCGAUCUCCUAUGUGUUCGAGUGAUGUUGGAGAACGGAAGUUGUUGGGUCCAGACAGUCUUCUUUAGGAUAUCUCUGAUGAAAGGCGUUGUGAGAUUUGGAAAGCGUGGGAAGCUUAACCCGCGGUGCAUCGGACCUUUUGAGAUUGUGGAACGAGUUGGAUCUGUUGUUUAUUGCUUGCCUUUACCACCAGAUAUAGCUCAAGUCCACAAUGUCAUUCAUGUCUCUAUGCUCGAGGGAAGUAUUUGUCGAUCCAUCGCAUGUCAUUCAACAUGA